AUGGAAGCAAUUCAUUAUGGAUUAACAAAACAUUUUCCUAAAUGUAAUAAGUAUAUUGAAGAAUAUAUUAUAAAGCCUACAUAUGAGGCUAAUGCUUGUAUUAAUGGUCAAAUUGCUGCUAUGGGUUUAGGGAAUAAAUUCGAUAAAAAAAAAAGUAAUGCAGCAUUGUCAUAUGCAUCUAUGAUAAAGGGAAAUUCCAAAUACGUUUCUAAAGAAUCCCUUUGCCUUUACUUAUAUUAUUGGUUAGAUAAUGAAAGUAAGGAACAUCAUAUUACUCAGAUUGAUAAAGAUAAUAUUUAUGAUAAUUUAAUUAAGAUAGGAAAUAAUAAUGUAAAUAUAUGCAAAUCAAUUAUGUAUCAAAUAAAAAAAAAUAAUGAAUUAAUUGAAACAAUCAAAGCAAUACAUGACAUUUAUAAAAGUGUUUAUAUAUUAAAAGAUUAUUGUGAAGAUUAUGAUUAUGAUAAAUUAUGUUAUGUUGUUAAUGUUUUUAAUAAUGAAGAUAAAAUGCAAGAAAAAACUAACUCCUGUAAAGAUAUUAAACCUGUAAUACAGACCAUUUACAAAAAUAAUACUAUAGUUCCAAUUAUUAUUACAAUUUCUGUAAUGUUGAUAAUUCUUAUAUUUAUUUUUAUUAUUAUUAAGUUUAUCCCACACCGUUCAUAUAUGCACCGUUUAAUAAGAAGAAUAAUAAAUAAGAAUUAUAAUAUAAAUGAUGAAUGGAAUAUAAUAAAACCACCUGGAAUAAACAGUUUUAAUAUAGAUGAUUGCAGAUACGAUAUACUAUACAAUCGUGACUAA